AUGGGUGAAGAUCAUUUAGGAACCGCCAUUUGUGGGAAGAACCAAGAGAACCAAUUUGUUGUUGUUGCGGUUUCGAGUAGAGGCAGGUGCUGGUCACUGAUGAAGGAGACAUUGGUUGUCGAAAGGGUUAUUAAAUGGUGGGUCAAGAAACAGAAUCUUGAAAGUUUGCCACUUGUCGCUUUGGGGGCUUCGUCGGGUGGUUAUUUUGUUUCGAUGUUUGCGAGUAAGAUGAAGUUUAGUAGCAUUGUUGUUAUGAUUGCUGAAGGUGUGUUUGAGGAUAUUGAUGUUACGAAAGACUACCCGCCUACGCUUUUUGUUCAUAUGCCGAAAGAUAAGCGCAUGAAGAAGAUGAUUGAUGUGAAUCUUGAAGUUAUGAGGAGGGAAGGUGUGGAUGUUGCUGAGGUGAAGUGUCUUGAGUUGCCUUUAUCACCGACUUUUCUUGCUGAUAGAGUUCCGGGUCUUGACCGAAGGAUUUCAGAAGAGUUGUUUGAUAUGUUUAAGGAAAAGGGGUUUGUCGACAAGAAAGGAUACUUGGUGAAUGACGGGCGGGUUAUACCUUGGAAAGAAUCUAUGAGUGAGAGGAUGGUAAGUUUACCUAAUAAGGUUUUGGUGAAUUACAUUUAGGAGGAACUGAAUCUUGCAUUUGCGUAUCAUGAGAUGACUAGCUUUCAAUCGGAGCAAAUCUUUAAUUGGUUUGAAUCUCAUUUGAGAUGAAGAAUAUGAUCUGACACUGAGUAGCAUUAGGUGUGAAAAUUUGAUGGUAAUUUUAG